CUCAACAAACGAAACAGCCGCCCCGCCAGGAUUUUUGCUUUGCCUCCAACAACAAACAAAGCAUUAGGGUUUUGCAUCAGCUAUUACCAGUUGAUUACAAUGGCGAGAAAACGGGAAAGAAUGCAAAACCCUCAGCCUUUUCUUCCUGCUGACGAUGGAAACUCCGUGGCUUCUUCAAAGAAAAGAUCUAAACCUUCUAAACGCCACCAAAAGGAAGAUAAAAUGAUUUCUUCGGGUAUUAGUUCCAAGAUUUUGAAGGAAGCGUUGAUUCAGCAGAAGGAGGUUCUCGAAGAGACUGAAGAGCCUAAAAAAAACGCCUUUGUUUUCUCCGAAGAAGAUCAGAGUAAGCAGCAAGUUGAAGAAGAAGAAGAGGAUAUCGAUGAAUUUGGUGGUUUCUCUGAGACUCAAAGUCAAUUUGGCAAUCAUGAGGAAGAGAUUGAUGAGGAAGAUGAGCGAUUACUGGAGGCAUUCUUAUCAAAGGAUGCUGGCCCGCAACUUACACUUGCUGACCUCAUUAUCAAGAAGAUCAAAGAAAACGAUGCGAACCUGGCUUCAGAAACCCGCCCCUUACCAAAGUUGGAUGAAUCCUUCAUAAACUUGUAUAAAGGGGUUGGUGAGUUUCUUAGUAAAUACACGGCAGGGAAAAUGCCCAAGGCAUUUAAGCACAUUCCUUCAACACAAAUGUGGGAGGAUGUCUUGUACCUAACUGAACCUGAAAAAUGGUCGCCUAAUGCUGUGUUUCAAGCCACACGAAUCUUUGCUUCAAAUCUGAAUGCAAAGAAAGCAGAACGCUUUUACAAACUUGUUUUGCUCCCUCGGAUUAGAGAUGACAUCCGGAAGAAUAAGAAGCUCCAUUUUGCUCUAUAUCAAGCUUUGAAAAAAUCUCUGUAUAAACCUGCUGCAUUCAACAAGGGAAUAUUGUUCCCUUUGUGCAAGUCUGGGACAUGUAAUCUCAGAGAAGCUGUCAUCAUUGGGAGUGUUAUUGAAAAAGUUUCCAUUCCUAUGCUUCACUCAAGUGUUGCUUUACUGAAGCUUGCCGAAAUGGAAUAUUGUGGCACUACAAGUUACUUCAUAAAGCUUCUUUUGGAGAAGAAAUAUGGUUUGCCAUAUCGUGUAGUUGAUGCUAUUGUUGCUCAUUUCAUGAGAUUUCUUGAGGAUACACGAAUAAUGCCUGUAAUUUGGCACCAGUCACUUCUUGCAUUUGUGCAGAGGUACAAGAAUGAACUGCGGAAGGAGGGUAAAGAUGACCUUAGAAUUCUACUUAAAAAGCAAAAACAUAAAUUAGUUACUCCUGAAAUUAUCAGGGAGCUUGAAAGUAGCCGCAAUCGUGGUGAGAAGGAGGACGAUCUUAUGUUGAUUUCUAGACCUAUUUCUGUGAUCAAUAAAACAAUUGAGGAAGACAGGUUUGAUAUUCCAGAUGUACCUAUGGAGGAGGAUUGAAUAUCUACUACCUUGCUUGGUUUACUUCCUGGUGCUGUUCGCCAACCGAAAUUCACGAGGAGGGCUUCAGAUAUUAUUGUUUGAGGUACUGCAGUUUUGUUCUUGUAUGAAAGAAUCUCAAAAGCAAUAGAUCCAGAUUAUAGUUGCAGAGAAAGUUUUGAAGUUCAGUGGAAUGUGAUCCAAAGUUAAUAUCUAUUUUCCACCAAAACUACAAUUUUUUUUGUAAGAAAUUUAUCGUAUUUAUUUGAGUAUUGCCUCGACUAGAAGAGUUUAGAUGUAGUCUGGAUAAAAAGCAAGGAUGUCCUGUUCUUCUAUAAGAAAUUGUCUCUUGAUAUGCCAUUAAAAUGUUGCUAUCA